AUGCUCAACAUGAAGCUCCUAACUCCUCUUUUCGGACUCUGUGCCAUCCUCUUCGGCCUCCUGGCUUCCACAGCGGCUGCCGCUCCGUUUUGGACGACCACCACUUUCACCUUCACGACCACCACGAUCACCCUGCCACAAUCUACUGCUCUAUCUACUUCUACGACGCUGACUUUCACUACUACUACGAUCACCAUGCCACGAUCUACUGCUACGUCUACGACGACCAUCACGGCCCCCGUCGCCACCGGCACCACCGUGCCUGAGUGGGGACAGUGCGGUGGUAUAGGUUACGCAGGACCGACGACCUGCGACAGCCCUUUCAUUUGCGCCUGUGUGAGCCAGUGGUGGUGUCAGUGUCAGCCCGGCGUGGCCAUGAAGUUUGGCCUGGAGGACGGCAUCCCAUCCAUUGCGCCCCUGGCGGAGACUUCUCCACCAUCCGACGCCGACUUGGUCACUUCAACGCACUGGGCCACUGAUUGGGAAAUGGAUGCUACACCAGGACCGCAGUCUUCUUGGCCUGCUACGCCGACGCAGAUCCGAUGA